AUGGACAAUUUAUCUGACGAUAUAUUGGUGGAGAUAUGGAGCCGUGUUCCAUGCAAGAUGGCAGUGAGAUGCAAGUCCAUAUCGAAGCGCUUCUUAGCUUUGAUCUCAAGAGCCGAGUUCAUGAAGCGAUCCAUCUAUCACCACCACACCCUCCUCCAACAAAUGAAGGAAGAGGAUCACGAGAAAGAGUGGUACUUCAAUCAUGUCUCUAUGCUUAAACUCCUUAUCAUGUUUUCACCCAACAUUCAUCUUUUUAAUCCUCAAAACCAUGACAAAAACCAAUUGUCCUUAACUUUUAUCAACCCAAAAUUCAACCCCGAACUUGAUGAUGUAACCAAAAGGAAAAAAAGUGUUCGUUAUUCAAGAAUAACGGCCUGUUCCAACGGUUUGCUUCUAUGCAAAAAAACCGUAUGUGGGAGAGUCUACUUUGUGUGCAACCCCGUCACUAAAAAAUGGACCAAACUCCCUCUCCCUCCUCCACCACUCACUGGCCACAACAAGCGUGACCGUAUGUCUGAGGGGUUUGUUUGUGAACCUUAUUACAACGUCGAAGAAAACAAAAUCACUUUCAACCGUCAUAGGUUCAGGGUGGUUCGUAUUCCUCUCUUUGAAGGAACACUGAGUGAGUUUCUUAGAGGUAUUACAAAGUUCGAAAUUAAAGUAGUGGUUUUCUCGUCAGAGACAGGGCAAUGGAGCACAAAGCUUGUGUCGUGCCCAAAGGGUUUCAUGCAAGCUACCCUUUUGCUUCCCGCGGUUGCACUUGAAGGGAAACUAUACUUCAUGGGGCGAAAAAGUCUUAUGGUGUAUGAUCCUUUCAACAAUGAUGAGGAAUGCUAUACCAUUGAUUACCCUUGUCAUUUAUGUCAUAAUCCAACGUAUAUCCUUAUUGUGGUCAUGUUGGAAUGGCGUUUGGUUCAUAUGAUUAACCUUCCUCACCAAAAUGUGGGAAGUUGUAUAAGACCCGAUCUAAGAGUUGGUGCAGCAACUUAUGAUGUCAUUGGUAUGGGAUGUAGAGUGCGAGCUUUUCAUCCUUAUGAUGGAGAUGUUGUGUUCUUUCAAUAUGCUCACCGCAUAUUUGUUGGUAACUUGAAGACUAAACAUUUUGAGACUGUGGGAUAUGGAAUUCAUGGAUUUCAGGCCUUGCAAAUAAUUUCUCUUGACCUCCCAUGCUGGCCUACACCAAUUCCAUCUGUGGACUUUGAAUAA